AUGAUGAUGAUGAUGAUGAUGAUACGGUUAAGCUUACAUUUCGAUUGAUACUUAUUUGACUUCUUAGAUUAACUGUAAGAGUUGUACAUAAUUUUGAUAAUUUUAAACCAUCAAGUUUAUUAACACAAUUAAAUAUAAGGAGAUAUAAAAUAGAAUUCAAUUGAAGACUAAGCAUAUUUAAUAAAUUAUACGCUCCAAUUUCAAUGAAUUUGCCCUUAAAUAUACCCAACAACAACAAAAAUGUAUGACAUACACCAUGGGUGUAGGAAAAUACGUGGGUGUUUCUACCGUAAAUAACAACUGAUCAAUAAUGAAUGGAAGAAAGAAUAUAAAGCAUGACUACAACCAGCUGUCAUCCUCGUCUUGGUUACGAAUGUGCCAAAAUAAUGGCUGAUCAUUAUCCAGAGCGCCUUGGUUUAGCAAUCUGUGUUCAUCCAGGACCUGCAUUCAAAGUUGCUUGGCAAGCCAUCAAACCAUUCUUACCACAGACAACAGUAUCAAAAGUUUGCUUUAUUAGAAAAACGUGUAAUUGGUUAAUAACUGAAGUAAAAUUCAAUAGAUCAAGACAGACAACAAACAAAUACCGACCAUUUUGGUUACCUCCAAAAGAUUCCGAUGAUAAACAUGAUCCUAGAGGUGAUCCGAUAUAUGUUCGUGAUUGGCUUGUACUGAAUCAUCCAACUCAACAUUUACCACAUCCAAAUAUUGUUGAUUAUAUGCUUGGAUGUUUAAAUUCACUUAAUUAUGAAAAUGCAUUAUGCUCUAAUCAUCUGGUUGAUAGUAAUUAUGACUUAACAGAAAAGGGAUUUGGUGAUUUUGAAGAACAUGAAAAUGAUGCUGAUGAGGAAGAACUUACUAAAAUGCUUGCUGCAGAAUUACCAAAAGAAUUUAUGAUUCCUGAAAAUGCAGAAAAGUUAACAUAA